GCUGGCACCCAUAGCUCAAGAGGCCUCCAUGGAGGCGCCAGGGGUUUGCGCAGUGAAGUAAAGGAGCAAGGAGGAGACCCAAGGGGACUGGGCAGUGCCUGCCAUGCACUGGGAAGCACUAGCAGCGCACUAGGUAGCAUCAGUGGUGUGCCAGGCGGAGGCUAG